AUGGAAAUGUCGGUGCACGCUACAGAAUCGUUCGACAUAGAGGAAGAGUACAAGAACACACUGCGAACACAGUCCAACGCGUGCUUCCUGUCAAAGAAACAGCGGCCAGAGGAAGAAAUGGAGGUGUUUCUUGACACGCAGCAGGACGACUUCACAUCUCUGAUGCUUCAGAACACGGUGUUGAUGCGCCGCAGCGCAGCUCCUACAGAGAUGGAGCUCGCGUUGGCAGAUUACUUCGACGCCAGCGCUGAGGCAUUGGAGAUGUGCAGGCAGCUGCUCAGGAACGUCAAGAGCACCCAAAGAAACUACCGAUCCAUGGACAGGUUCCUUGCGGCCAUGGCCGCAGACAGCACGGCAAGCACUAGUUCCAGAGCUUCCCUUGCAGUUGCAGAGGAGCCGCCGUUUCCUGUCAGGAGCAACCCUUUCUGCACCACGACGCGAAGCAACUUCAGGCAGAUCCACGACAAGUGCUCCUCCAUACUCCACACCAUCAGAUCAAGCCACGGGAGAGUGGCGAGAAAGCUCAAGAUCGUGAAGGCUGUCAAGAAGCUCUCGAGGACGCUCCUCGUCAUAGCGAGCGUCGCAGCUGCGGCUGCCGCCAUCGGCGCGGGCCCAUAUCUGCUGUUCUUGAUCGGCCUGCUGAUCGGGCCAGCGGCGGCCGCGGGGCUCUGCCAGAUUGCGCUCAAGAGGCGGCCGCUCACGGCGACGACGACGAAGGGGCGGUCCGGCGGCAAAAUCACAACGGCUCUGUCCCUCCUGCAGGACCAGCUCGACACCGCGGCGAAGGGCACUUACGUCCUCGGCAGAGAUCUCGACACGUUGAACCAACUCGUGGCGCGCAUCUCCGACGGCAUCGAGCGGGAGAACGACAUGGCAUGGCGGUGCGUGGAGGCGGCGAGCGAUAGGUGCCCGGCAGCAGUGCUGGAGAUGGUGAGCGAGCUGAGGAGGAGCUGCUCGGCCUCCGGGAGGCUCGCCGAGGAGCUAGAGGAGCACGUCUGCCUUUGCCUUGCCACCAUACAUAAGGCUAGGGUUUUGGUGAUCCAUGAGAUCCCCAAGAAAGCAUGA